GCAGCGGGUAAAGGCGGGGCCGGGGCCGAACAAAACUCCACUGGGCCGGGUUGUCCCGGGUGAGCGGGGAGGAUGGCGGCUGGAAGUGGGUCCGGGAGCCGGGCUGCCGGCUGGGCCCGGGGCGCUCUGAUCCGCGGCGCCGUUGUCGCUCUGGCCUCAUUCACGGCCGCGCUGUACUGCCUGCGGACAGAAGUUCUGCACAGAGCCUUCAGCUUUCACAGUCACAGGGAUUCUGAGAGCAUGGAUGAAACUCUUCAGCUGGUUAGGAAUAUUGUUCCUCCAUUAACUGCAGAAAAACAUAAAGGACAGGAUGGGAGGAUCGCAGUGAUCGGGGGUUGCAGUGAGUACACUGGAGCACCGUACUUUGCUGCGAUCGCCAGCCUUAAAGUGGGGGCUGACCUCGCGCAUGUGUUCUGCACUACAGAUGCCGCACCGAUCAUCAAGUCCUACAGCCCCAACCUCAUCGUUCAUCCUGUGCUGGACAAGAACACGGCGGUGGAUGAGAUUGUGCAGUGGUUCCCAGCCCUGCACGCCAUGGUGAUCGGGCCCGGAUUGGGCCGAGACGAGAUGGUGCAGCAGAACACCAAGGACUUAAUCGUGGAGUGCAGAUACCGGGGAAUGCCGAUUGUGGUGGAUGCUGAUGGACUGUGGGUUAUUACGCAAGAACCGACUGUGAUCCAGGGAUACACUAAAGCCAUCCUGACGCCGAAUGUUGUGGAGUUUGGCAGACUGUAUACGGCUGUGCUGGAGACCCCUGUGGAUAUGGAGAAUGAACCCGAAGCACUGCUCAAACUCAGCCGUGCUCUGGGCAACGUAACCAUCGUGCAGAAGGGGCAUCACGACCUGAUAUCAGACGGAACAACUGUGCUGGUGUGUUCACUGAAGGGCAGUGGGCGUAGGUGUGGUGGCCAGGGAGAUCUGCUGUCUGGAUCCUUGGGACUGAUGGCCCACUGGGCCUUUGCUGCUGGGAAGGAGAAAACUGAUGGGAUAAAUCCCACCCUUGUAGCUGCAUUUGGAGCAUGUGCAUUGACGAGACAGUGCAACAACCAAGCCUUUCAGAAGCAUCACCGUUCGAUGACCACUACAGACAUGAUUGCAGAGAUCUCCACGGCAUUUCACAAACUCUUUGAAAGCUGACUGGAAGAAGUUUAAACGGCACCAGGAAGCCAGCUCUGCUAACGUGCCUGGCGCCAGUUCCCAGGCAGUAAUGGUGCAGACUCCGAUUUAUUUUCCUGAUGUUUUAAAUGGAGACAGAUGUUUUAAAUGGAGACAGAUGUUUGAGUUGCAAUCAGAUGUUACCAUGGGGUGAAAUUCAGAUUCCAAUCAUCUGAUUUGAUAAGAAUAUAUUUUGAAAAUAAGUGGCUGGUAGUUGUUCAGGGGAGAAGCCAUCCAACAUUUAGAAUCCUCCCGCUGUAAGAUUCUUCGUUUUUAGCUUUGUUGCUGGAUGAGUUAAAGUAUGUUGCCUCAAUAAAGUUGUAUUCUCAAUGUGA